AUGGAUAUCGCGACCUUCUAUUUUGGCCUUUUCUGGGGCAUCUUUCCCUUCACUGCGGCCAGUGUCACACAGCAGACGCGUAAAAUUCUGGGACGCUCGAGGACUCUCCCUCAUCAUGCCUACCUGUAUAUGAUCUGGAUCGAGUUGGUGGUUAACAUUGUUUUCAACCUUUGCUCGUUCCUGUAUCUAAUAGGAGUCAUUCAAGGAAGUAUUGGGUUUCUCGCAGGCAUCACUAUCGUGUGGAUCCUCCAGACGCAGCUGCUUUCGCAGAUUAUAGCCAACAGAGUCUCUCUGAUUAUGGUCGACAAGAGGAAGGCUAUGUGGCUGAAGAUAGGUCUUUUUAUCGUCAUCAGCGCCGUCAAUAUCUCCACUGCGUCGUUCUGGAACCCGGGCCAGAUGCCAGACGCCACACCAAAACAGGUUCAACUCAUGAAGGAUAUUGAGAGGGCCGAAAAGAUUUUCUUCCUGCUGCUAGAUCUUGGACUAAGCUUAAUGUUCUUGUAUCUGGUACGAUAUCGCCUUAUAGCAGGAGGCCUUGACAAGUACUGGCAUCUUUUCUACUUUAACAUUGGAGCCAUAAUUCUCUCCACGACAAUGGACGCGCUCUUGGUUGGCAUGUUGAACCUACCCAGUCCUUAUCUCUAUGUUCAGUUUGCUCCUGUAGCCUACAUUGUUAAGCUCCACGUCGAACUUACCAUGGCCACCCUAAUCACCAAGGUAGUUCAGAGUGGCACGAAUAAUAGCACAAAACGGAACGAUACCAAUCACUUGACCAAUGCCACGUCCAGGGACCGCCUUAACCGUCCAUUGUCCGCCCACGAAUCUAGAGUAAGCAUGGUUUCCACGUCUGUCAACAGUGCGGAAAAGGGAGGGCUGCCGGGGCGGUACAAUAGGGACGCAGUCAAUGCUGAUUUCGACGAUUUCGACGAUCAUUUGAACCCAUCUCAUACGAACGGCGGCAUCUUGAGGACCGUUACGACCGUCCUAAAAACAGAAACCGUUAAAGAACAUGAGAAAACUGGUUUUGGUUCACGAACACAGACCCAACCAAUGGAAACAUAG